AUGGAAAACUCUUAUUUAAUGAUUGUGGAUUAUAUAAAAUAGUAAAAAGAAUAUGAAAUAAUUCUAAUAAAAUAAGUUGGGCAUAUUUGUAAUAUUAUAUAAUUAAUUUUUUUUAGAUUAUUUCAAAUCUUAUAAAAUUGAUAAUAUUUUUAUAGAAUUUUGUAAUAGAUUAAGCUUAAAUGUAUUGAUUAAAGGCUUAAAAUAAUAUAAAAAAAAUUAUGCUUUAAAAUAAAAACUCAAAACUAGUAGUAUUAAUUGGGUAUAUUGGCCAUGGUAAAACAAUUCUUUUUAAUAAAAUUUGUUAGAAAAAAUAACCUGUAUAAUUUGUUGGACCAUCUGUUACUAGAGAAUCAGUUCUUUGUUAAAGCGCUUAGGGACAGAUAAAGAUAAAUUGGCUCAUGUAAUUUGUAUUGCUACAGCCCUAACAUUUGGAUUAAUUUAUCAAAUUUUAAUAAUUGUUUAGUUAGAAAGGCUAGUAACAAUGAAAGAGAGGUUAAGACCGAUGAUCUAAUAGUAAUUUAAAAGAUUCAAAGAUAUCAUCACAGUUGUUGUUACUCAUUGGGAUAAAGCAGAAGAACCAGAAAAAAGAAAAAAAGAAUUAAUUGAUUUAAUUAAAGGGUAUUCGUAUCAAAAGAAACAUCUGGAAAAGAUUUAUGUUAAAUGAUUGAGGUCACUCUUUAGAAUUGUGAUUAAAAAGACAAAAUUUGUUAAUUAUACUUUAUAAAAAUCAUUAUUAAAUUUUAUUAGAUUUAAAAUGUUGAAAAUUUCAAUUUUUUUUUUUUUAUUAAUUUCCAAUAUCAUAAUCUGAGAUAUAAUCUCAUUUUGAUUUUAUUGAUUUAACAGAUGAUGUAAUUGAUUAACUCAAUAAAGCAAAGGGCUAAGUUAGUGUUUAAUUCUAAAAAACUGCAAAAGCAAUAAAAGAUUUAUUAAGAACUUUUCAGAGACUGAUUCAACAAUGCCUGAAGUUAUGCAUUAAUUAACAUUAGCUGUAAAAGAUUAUGAUGAUGAAAAAUUUUUUAAAUUUGAAAAAGAUAACAUGGAUCUAUGUUUGAUUUCUCUUGCUUAAGAAAAGAUGAAACUUUCCUAAUAGCAAUGUAUUAAUUAUAUUAAAUAGUUUGUCCCUAUUGUUGGGAGAUUUAGAUGAAAGUCUUUGGUUGCAAUGAACAAACCUUUUGCUGGAAAUUGCAUGAAAGUGAAGAUAAUCAUUUCAAAUGA